CCCGUCAUCCUCGGGCUCGGGGAACAGACGGAUCGUCUCCUCGCUGUUGUCAUUUUUUAAUUUUAACUUUCACAUCUCUGGAUGAGGAAACCGCGGGGGGGAUGAUGUGACCACGGGAAAAGGGAGAGGGAAUUUAACACGGAGCAGAUCUUCAGUCUAUAUAUAGGCUAUGCCCCGGACUGCACCACCACCACCACCUGCCCCCCCUGGUGCCGGUCACCAGAGCCAGCAACAGCUCGCUCUGAAGAUCAAAUCCUCCCUCGUUUCCUCUCUCUACGAUGCUCUGCUCACGUCCAUAUGUUGAAGAACACACUCGUCUUAUUUUAGCACCACUACCUUCCUCCUCCUCCUCCUCUUCCUCCUCUCUUGCCCUCCUCUCUUCUGAGUUUUGACUCCCCUUUUCACUCUCUCUCUCUUUGUCUCUCUCUCUCUUUCUUAUUUUUUUCACACACGGAAAAAGAAAAUGAAGCGUGGGUCGAGUGUGUUGCAGCCUCACUCUGAUGCAGCCAAACGACACGCACACCCUGCAAACACACACACAAAGACACACACAGGCGAUGACGCACAAGCCGCAGGUUCGAGCCCCUUCCCAGCAGCCACCUCUCUGUUCAGCCCUGAUGUCAGCACCAAGAUGGCGUCUGACCUCCUCAUCAGGCUGUCAGAGGCCACCCAGAAGGCCCAGAUGCAUCCUGGGAGCCGAGAGGAAGCGGAGCAGCAGGAUGAGCCAGGCGUCGCUCUCUCACCGGACAGCCCCGGGGCGAGUCCCGAGCCACCGUCCCUCACGCACACGCCUGACGGCAAUGCCGCUACGGACACGCUAGCUUCAGAUCUGCUCCGGAAGCUAGCAGAGCGUCAGGAAGUGAAUGGCCAUGUGGUGAGACUCAAAGAAGAAGAAGAGCCCAUGGAAGUCGACACAGUAGCCCAGAGUCAAGUAGUAACAGAAGACGUUACUCUGCCUGCCCCGAAAAUGGUCAAUCAUCACAUCUUCAGUGUUAAAACAGAAGAUCGGGGCCUCACUGGGAACAAGGUGGUUGAGGAGUUGCACCCCAGAGCCAAAAUGGCGGAUCGGUGUCUCUUUGGCCUUAAAGUAGAAGGCAAGUUCUGUGCUGAAGGAUGCCCGCCUGUCUCCGCAAUGGCAGACAGUGCAGUCGCUGGAGCCAAACAGUUUCACUUUCAAGUGAACAUGGAGGAUGUCUCUGGAACUAAGAUGUCGGACCACCUUCUAACUGGAGCCAAGAUGGAGGACCAGCUUCUCUUUAAAGCAAAGUUUGCCGAGCGGCCUUUCUCUGGAGUCAAGGUGACCAACAAGUUUCUCUCUGGAGUCAAAACGGAGGACCAGUUUGCUUCAGGGGCCAAGAUGGAGAACCAGGGUUUCUCUGGGGUGAAGAUGGAGGAGCAGCUCUUCUUUGGAGCCAAGAUGGAAGACCAAUUUACCUCUGGAGCCAAGAUGGCUGACCAGUGCCUCAGAGCAGUGCUGUGGCAGGACAUGUCAGUGAACCUGGCGUCCACACUGCUGCACCAACUGUCAGAGAGGGUCAGUAAGUCCAACAGUCAGCUGGUGGACAGGAUGACUCCACCCAUCAGAAGCAGUCCUGUUUUGAAGGGUAACGACGACCAGCGCCGCUCUUCCCCGGCAGUGAUCAGCUCCCGAACUCCUCCACUUGAAACCCAAACCAGCCUCAGCAGACACCAAACCACAGGUUGCUCUUACUUUUUCAGGUGUCACGUGUGCGGCUUUGAGACCGAAGGACAGGCCCUUUUCCAGAGUCACAUGACCGAACACCGCCAAUGGGAGCACAGAUCCUUCUCGCUGCACUGCUGCGUGUGCGACCACUCGACCAAUCAGGAGGCAGAGAUGAGGGCUCACGUCUGCACGCACAUUCAGGGCAACGCAGUAGAAGUGAGAUGCCCUGUUACCCUUCCUGCUACAGCUUCCACCUCCAGCAGCGGUGCUCCGGCAGUUGCCACGGCAACCCAGCCAGAGACAAGCACCUCAGAGCAUCGCUGCCGCAUCUGCCAGAGGUCGUUUCCAGGGCAACAGGAGCUGCUGGUUCACUUCCAGGGUCAUCGCCAGGGCAACCAGUACCGCUGUGACCGGUGUGGCCACCUGACCCGGACAGCCAACAAGCUGGUGGAGCACGUGCGCGUGCACACGGGGGAGCGACCGUUCACCUGUGACCUCUGCCCCUACAGCGCCAAGCGGCGGGACAGUCUGCGCCUGCACUGCAAGGUCAAACACGCCGCGCACUUCUUCAACGGGGGCGCGGCGGACGCACCCGCCGACGUGCACACGCACCGGUCAUACGUGCAUGCAGACAAUCAGCGCUCGAACAAGCACGUCCAGCGGCUGCACACACCGCCAAGCGCUCACACCGCUGCAUCCUCCUCCUCUGUUCCUCCUCCUCCUCUUCUUCUUCACCCAUCGCUGUCCGACCGCGCCGGAUGGAGGGAUUUGUCUCCUCUACUCCCGAUCACGACCCUCAUCUCUCUGAAACAGCGCUCUCCUUCAUCUUCCUCCUCCUCCUCUUCAUCUUUCUCUACCAAACACUCUUUUCUUGGUUACCUCGGCCUGACAACUUCUUUGUAAAGCCUCCCUGCUUUUGGUCCUCCUCUCUUCGUCUCCUUCUCCUCUUCCUCCUUUUCUCUUCUAUCCAUCCUCUGGACUCUUAAAGCGAUGGAUGUAAAGCUCUGUAAUGUAUCCAAGGUACUGUCACUCAGCACUAUGUAUUAGAAUGUCAAACAGCACUGAAAACACACCGAUAAGGAACGUUUUUGAAUUUAUUCAACUUUUGCAUCAUGCUCGUGAUUUUUGCUGCAUUCCUGCCUGCUUUAGCCCGUCAUAUAAUCACUGAACUCUUAGCUAUUUAACCGUGUGACAUAUUUAUUGCCUGUCUCUCUUGUCCUCCAGAAACCUUGAACUUAAAAAGUCUCAUUUUAUUAUAAAUUGUUCUAAUCAGAAACACGAGAUGCUGUGAAGUAAGGGUCAUUUAUUGAGAUGAUGAGAUAAUGUUGAGGGUGAGAUAGUUUGUUUUUCUUUUAAAACACAAUGUGUUUUUUAGACAUUUUUUUUUAAAAAAAGCAGCUGACUUCAAAAAAACAUGAUUAAAGGAAGAAAAUAAGAGUUGACAGCAUUUCUAGCAGCUCUUUAAGGCAAUAUCUAUAUGAAGGUUUACUUAACUGUUUACUUUGAGUUCAGCA